AUGACAGGAACAACGUCUUCAGGCCGAGCCAGCCUGCCAACAGCGGAUUCAACUAAAUCCUACUGGCAUCGAGACCCCUCCAAGGUCCUUUUCGGUCAUCGAACAACACCAUCACUCCCCACAAAAGCCGAUGUCGUGAUUAUUGGAAGCGGCAUAUCUGGAGCAUCUGCCGCUCAUUUCCUCCAUGAAAAUGACAAAGGCAAAGAUCUUGAUAUUGUGAUGUUAGAAGCCCGGGAGGCAUGUUGGGGGGCAACGGGUCGAAACGGAGGCCACUGUCAACCCCUAUUAUACAGCGCACUCCCUGAAGUUGGAGCCUUCGAGCUCCGCAAUUACCAGACUCUCGAAGCCCUUAUAAAGAAACACAACAUCUCAUGUGACUGGCGCGCCGUUUCGGGCUGCCACGCCUGCAUGGACGCCGACAUGUUCGCCGUUGGAUUGAAACUAAUUCGAUCCCUUCAAGAAACCAGUCCAGAACUAGCAAAACUCGUCAAAGUCAUAACGAAAGACUCCCAAAACCCAUCACUAUCAGAUCUCCGCAUCCCCAGCGCUGCAGGUGCAUUCCUGCAAGCAAACGCUGCUUCUCUAUGGCCCUACAAACUCGUUUCAUGGAUGCUAGAAACCCUCCUCUCUUCAAACAAGCAAGAAGUAGGGAAUUUCAACCUUCAAACAAACACACCAGUCACACAUCUCCAAAACAUAGACGGGAAAUCUUGGAUUGUUCAUACACCUCGCGGCAUGAUCGCUACAGACAGAGUACUACUAACAACAAACGCAUAUACAUCACACCUCCUACCAAAAUUCAGCGAUCUGAUCGUUCCAGUACGAGGAGAAAUGAGCGCGCUUAUACCGCCUCCCUCGAUGAGCCCUGCGAGUUCUACGCAUAAACCACUGGAGCAUACUUAUGUGUUCAUUGGCCAUGGGAAGCAGAAUAUCAACCAGGAUGAUUAUCUAGUUCAACGGCCUUUUUCGGCAGAGAGUGUAAAGAACAACAGAGGAGGAGAGUUGAUGUUUGGCGGCGGACGCUCGUAUGCUGCUAAUGCGGGAUUGGGCGUCUCGGACGAUUCAUCUAUCGAUGACCCAGCAGCCGCUUAUCUACGCCGCGAACUCAACGUGGUGCUAGAUUUACAGAACAAAGAUCAUGAGCUCGAAGCAACUUGGGAAUGGAGCGGUAUCAUGGGCUAUAGUCGCGACGGUUAUCCGUGGGUUGGGGAAGUCGGUGAGUAUUUGGGCGGUGCGAAGGGAUUGUUUGUUUGUGCGGGCUUCACGGGUCAUGGGAUGCCGAAUACGUGUUUGAGCGCCAAGGCCGCGGUGGAUAUUAUGCUUGGUGCGGAGGAGGUAGAUAUACCGGAGUGCUAUAAGAUAAGUAGAGAGAGGGUGGAGAGGGCGAGGGCGUUGGAUGAGGUUGCUAUUGCUGAUGCCAAGGGGAUUAUGCUUUGA